AUGUACCCGCCCUUUGACCCCGGCAUGGCGGGCAUGCCCGGGGCCGCGUUUCCUCCCCCCGGCGCGGAAUCUGUGUACGUCCACGUCCCGCCCCCCUCGAUCCCCGGCGGCUACGGCGAUGCGGCGGCCUGGGGCCGGGGCCCCAUCAAGGACGGCGGAUACCCCAUGCGCUACGAGGCCUUUGACUCAAAGCCGUUCCGGCAUGGAGACUGGAACUGUGCCAAGUGCCAAGCCCACAACUUUGCCUCGAGGGUGGUGUGCUUCAGAUGUGGCGCUGAGAAGGUGGAGUGA